AUGUAGCUUAGAUGCUGUAAACAAUAGAAACUCAGAGGGUUCAAGUUGACUCACUUACCUCAGAAGUUUCAACACUUUAGAGUUCAGUGGAUUUACUCAGGCAGGAAAAUGAAAAAUUAGAAAAAAGACUAGUCUAUGCCAAAAGAAGAGCGGAAUAAACUAAGGAAAGAUCAAGAAAUGGAGGACUAAUCUUAAUAAAACAAAGAUAUAUCUUCAGUAUUUUAAUAGAAAAUGGUUUCAGCUACAUUUGCAUUUUACUAUGACUACCCUGUAGGUAUUGACACUCCUGUCUACAUAAUGGGUGAGUUUAAUAAAUGGGAGCCAGCGAUGAUGGAAAGAGUUGCUGAUUAGAUUUUCUAUUAUGAAACUAAGGUGCUCUCAGGUUACAAGUACAGAUUUAACUUCAAUGUUGGGGGUUCAAUUGCUACAGACUCCUACCAAGAUCGAGAGCAAGAUCAGAAUGACCAGUAUGUCAACUUCAAGUAUAUCGUAAAGUCAGCUGAGAGUGAUGAAGUCAAUGAAACCAAAAUUGAUCCUUUAAUACUCCAAAAAUUACCCUUAUUUGUUCAUCCUGAACUAAAACCUGUACGUGAGGAAGAUCUAAAAUAAAUUCAAUUAAAAGAUGCUGAAUUGGAAGAGACUACUGCCCAUGUUACCAAUGAAGUCUUACAAAAUUUAUAAAAUGAUGAUGAUGGUGCUAAAAUUCAAAUACUAAGCCUUCUCUUAAGGAGAAAUAGAUAUGUGCUAUCAAAACUAGAGAAUUUAAGAAAAAUUAGAAAGUUUGCAGAAGCCUCAACUAAUUCUGAAGUUAUCUAAUCAAGUUCUGAGCAAACUUCCAACUUUGAAGAAGAAAAUCUGAAAAUUGCAAAAGCUAUUAAGUUUUUGAUAAGAAGUAGAAUAGCAAGAAGUAUUAAUCAAAGCGAAUAUUAUUACAUUAAUUCAUUCAGAGGUGAUACUAAUGAGCUUGUAUUGAGAAGAGUUUACGAUAACUCUGGAAUUCUACUAAAUGAUAAUUAAGCCAGUGAGUUCAACGUAGUAAAUGCCAAUGAAAGUUACUUCUUAGAGAGCUUUUAAGUUUUAUCAAAAGAGGAUGAGAGACAAUUCAGAAAUGAUUUAAUCAAUAACAAGGCUCACACUUUGCUAAUACGAUAUAAGGUUAAUAUAACAGACUAUGGAUACUACUAAUCAAAGGAGUGCCAGCCAGUUGAGCUUUAACCACAACUUCCCAUUGAUUAAUAUACAUACAACAUUGACUAAAGCAAUUACUUCGUCUAUAGGGUUUCUAGAGGAGAAUAUGGAGAAGUCAAAAAUGAAGCUUAUAGAGUUGAAGAGGAAGCCAGAAAUGCUCAAGAUAGAUACCUUCAAUUUUAUACAAAUGAGGUAGCAAGCAAUAUCUUAAAUAUUUUCCACAUGCAUAUAGACGAUACAAGUGAAUAGGUUGCCUAUGAGGCAUACUACCUUAAUGAAAAUUAAAGUACCUAAGACUUUAUAGAUUUCAGCGGUAGUAAUAUUAAUUACAAGAUUUUUGUUAAGGACUAAAGAAUUCAUGGAGUAUUGUAUUAAAAAGGCUCAGAACCUGCUAAGGAGCUAAGAUUCUAUGAAUAUAGAUUCAACAAAGGUACAUAUGCAAAUGUUGACUACUCAAACAAGCUCGAAUACUCCACAGAGAAUUUGCUUGCACAGGUAGUUGAAAUUCCAAUUGGAAUAUUAGUAAGCUAAGACUAAAAUGUUGCUGCUAAUUAUCCCUAAGUUCAACUACAACACAACCCCUAUGGAUUUUGUGCAUUAAGAUGCUUGCAUUAAAGUCUUGGAGGUUAUGUCGAUGUGAAUGUACUUUCAGUUGACAGUGGGGAAUCUCUUCUUGAAAGUUAAGAAAAGAUUGCUCUCCCUCCAUGCUUGAUGAAUGAUCCUUAAUGGGAUAAAAAGGAGAAAUACAUUUCUAAGUUAUAAUUAGAUGAUUGGACUCCAAUUGAUAUUACUCAGAAUUGA